AUGGCAAUCUGCUUCCUGCUGAACUACCCAGACGAGGAAGUUGUCACCUUUGUACCAACUGCGGAUGAUAUUAUCGAAGAUUACCUGCAUUGUGAAGCUGCUGUAGAAGAUGCUGAGGGUGCAGAUGAUGAUGACAGUACUGAACCAGUCAAGGUAACACCUUCUGAGGCUGUCAAGAUGCUCGACUCACUGGAAAUUUUUUGGCUGCAGCAGGAUGAACAAAGUCUGGGCUUUACCACCGCCAUCCGCGAUAUGAAGGACAAGGUUGGUCUGAUCAAGACACGUCAGCUGAAGCAGAGGUCCAUCGUUGAAUUCUCUACUCGUAUUUAG